AUGGAAGAAGAGACCCUUCUCGAUGAGAACCUUCUCCGUCCCGUCGAAACCUCACCAGCCGCCGCUGUAUCGAAAUCGAAAUGGACCCUUCUUGUUCUAGCGCUGAUCCUCCUCUCUGUCUACUUAACCUUGGGGGUUUUCACGUAUUCUUUUUUUCGAGACCAGUUCUCUGGAACCGAGACCUAUCUCUGGGUUGACGCUUUCUACUUCUCCGUCGUCACUUUGUGCACUGUCGGUUACGGCGACAUUGUCCCGUCCACUCCCACGACCAAGAUCUUGACCAUCGUUUUGGUUUCACUCGGCGUCGUGUGUCUCGAUUUCUUGCUCAACCGCGUCGUCAAUCACGUUCUCAGCCUCCAAGAAAACGCCAUUCUUGAUCGUAUCAAGACUGGAAACAGAGCCAUUAGAGAUCACAUUGCCGAGGAUGGUAGGAUAAGGUUAAAGUGGAAACUUUGUUUAGCGUUCUGCGUCGUCUUCCUCUGCGUCGCCUCUGGAACUUUGUUUCUUCACGUUUUCGAGCGAUUGGGUUGGUUGGAUUCGUUUUACUUGUCGGUUAUCUCGGUUUCUACGGUUGGUUAUGGGGAUAAAGCGUUUAAGACGGUUGAAGGAAGGUUCUUCGCAGUGUUUUGGCUUCUUCUUUCAGCUAUUGCUAUGGCAAGUUUGUUUGUUUACUUGGCUGAGAUGAAAGUCGAUCGUACUACUGUCAUGAAACUGCCCACCAGUGAAUCAGAGUUUAUUGUGUCCAAGCUUAAAGAGAGUGGGAAGGUUAGUGAGGAUGACAUAAAGAUGAUCGUAAGCGAGUUCGAGAAUCGCGAUAAAGUGCCAUCAAGCGGAUCGUGA